CUAAUGACACCAAAGACCCCUGGCUUUUCAUUUUCCAGCUUGACUCUGUCUCUCUCUCUCUCUCUCAUCCGAGGGCUGUGUAUCAGAAUUCAGAAAGAAACCUAGUGGGCAGCCAUGUUUGGAUCUUACUUUUGCGGGUUAUGGAAUAAGAAAGGAAACGCUAAUGGCCAAAACAGUGGAGCAAAACCGGAGGAAAAACCAAUUCCAGUACCAGAAACUGAUGAUGACGGCAGAGGGGAAGUUAAAACAGAGGAAACAGCUAUUCCAAUACAAGCAACUGAUGAUGACAGCAGAGAGAAAGCAUUUGAUCCAGGUGUUCCCAAGUAUAGCUUUGAAGAGCUAGCAAAAGCAACAGGUGAUUUCUCCAACAACAACCGUGUUGGGCAGGGUGGUUCUGGUCAAGUUUAUAAAGGAACACUUCCUAAUGGUAAACAAGUUGCAGUUAAGAGGCUUAAACAUCAUUCAGAUCCUGAGAUAGAGCAAAUGGCUCAACUUCACUUCGAGGAUGAGGUUAAAACCAUUGGCCGCAUUCGUCACCGGAAUAUUGUCGAGAUCGUCGGAUACUGCAGCGAAAAAGCUGAUCGAUUGCUUGUUUAUGAGUUCGUUUCCAACAAUUCUUUGAAAUCUCAUCUGUACGUGGGAAGAAGACAGCAGGAAACGGUGAGCGUCCCGAUUGAUUGGCCAACCAGAAUGAAAAUUGCUUUGGAUACUGCAAAAGGAUUGGCAUAUUUGCAUGAAGACUGUACGCCUAGAAUCAUUCACCGAAAUAUUAAAAGUGAAAAUAUUCUCAUUGAUGAUAAAUUUAAUCCUAAGAUUGGAGAUUUUGGAAUUUCCAAAGAUUUUACAGAUUCAGCAACUCCCGUUUCCACUGAUCCAAGGGGAACUCCUUAUGUCCCCCCUGAGUAUUACAACAAAGAUGGCCAAAAUAGAAAGCUCACCGACAAGUCCGAUGUCUUCUCCUUCGGUCUUGUGCUUCUUGAGCUAAUUACUGGGAAAUUAGCCGUUUUUGAAAAGCAACGCAAGGAAUAUAUUCGCUUAGCUAUUUGGGCCAUGCCUCUAGUGAAACAAAUAUUGGAUGCAGACAACCAAGAUUUGGAUUCAGAAAAUUGCAAAGAUCUUUUUGAUUCCAAAUUACAGAACAAUUAUGAGAAAGAUGAUAUGAUCCGAAUGAUUUAUUGUGUUGUUGCUUGUGUAUAUAAACCAGUAAAGUUACGGCCACAAAUGAGUCAGAUAGUUGAAGUACUAAAAGGAAAUAUGGAACCCAAAACUAUAUGGGUCAGAAGUGACUGCAAGUACUUGUACGAAGGGUCACCUUAUGCUCCAUUGCCACAGGCGCAUGGAACCUCCUCCGACUCUUGUGCUCUAUCCAAUACAUGAAAACCUCGCCUUGUAAAAAAAGAAAAAGUGUUUCUUGCUAAAUGUAUGUGCUUGUUUGAGGGAUUAAUUAGUUAAUAAGAAUGUGCUCCAAGCUAAAUUUUUUAAA